UUUUGUUUCGUCUCGUCGAAGUAAAAAGGCAAUAAAUAUCCUCRAWUUUUGAUUCAUAACGUCCCUUAAARGAAAMUUUCCGAWUUCGGAUGYAUCUUUAGAGUUUUAACAAUACUGUAGCUGUCAGGUAGAAGUAAUUUAUUGGCAUUUUGUUAYCAUACGAUGUGAAAAAAUUUGUCAAUCUUUCUUGACGUCGCURAUAAUCAAGUCUCAAGAUGAGUAARUCUAGGCAAGAAAAAUCACGAACUCCAGCACAAACUGCUCCUCCACCUCCAGUUAGUAAUGACAUCGUACCAGGAAGAUUCACAGACUCUGACUGGCAUCAGAUGUUAGAGUCAGAAGAUGGAGAAGACUUUAUAUAYGAUAUUGUACAAGAAGUUGUGGAGUCCACAAUGGCUGUGCUUCAUGACCGGUAUAUUCAGAACCACACGUUACCCUACUCUGUACAAGAAGYUAAACAGUUGCUACUGGACAUUAUUGAGUGGCAAUUUUUAGCUUGUGAUGGUGGAGAAGAAAAUCCAGCAGAAGAUCCCACAUGGUUAGAGGAAGAUGAGCCUUUAGCACCUGUAACUGACUCAUGGGCACAAGGUUCUGUGCCAGUAGUGAUAGAGAGAUCAACAAGUGCUGCUAGUUCUACAGGCACUUCUGUUGCAUCAGAAGCAAACAGUGAGGACUCUUGUAUUGAGGAAGACAGACCAGGGGCUCCAGAGCCACCAUUUCAAAAUCUAAAGGUAUCAGAUACUCCAGUCUCMAUUACUAGUCCUCUUCAGCCAUCUGCUCAAGACACACCACAGAUUGAAACCAUCCAGCCUAGGCCACCCUCAAAGAAACAACCUGCUAUGAAGCAAAAGAAGCGUACUGGUCCAUUAAAGGCCCAUAGAGGGAAAUUGCCACCAUUCUCUGGUGUAGAUUUGACAUCAGUAACUGAUGUUCGAGUUAUGGAAGGCCAUGAUUUUAACCAGGGCGCACCAAAGCUAGAUGAGAAUGGAAUGGCUCUUUUAUCAUCWUCAACUUCAAUACUUAAGGCCAGCAGCUACUCAUCCAGUAUUAACAGCAGCUGGUAUUAUGAUCAAUAUGGACAUCAUGGAUGUUUUACCAGCACUGCUACCAGUCAGACCCAAUAUGGACGUCCACCUGGCAAUAAAGACGUAGUGUAUGACGAGAGAGGUAAUGUUAGAGCCGUCAUUAGGAUCAACCCAGAAAAACUACCAUCCCACAGGGUGCGCACAAAAUUCACAGUGGUUGACCAAGAGACUGAAGCCCUACAGUUGCGYAGCAAGAGGAAGACGGUAAAAUACACGGCAAGCAAGAAAGACACGACGAAGGGUAUGAAGACUGKUAAAGGCACUGGAGGAGGUCUUGAGGCUGCGAUCACUGUCGGUUCUAAUGAAGGGAUAAUAUACACCCAGAGUGCAGCAAUAACACCACUACCCCCACCUCUGGUUGAUUCCAUGGAUGUGAAUGCUGGUGUAAUCGUGCGGGAAGGAGAUGUCACAAGGAGAGGUCCAGUUCAGGCACCACGAAAGAUCGACAGACGCACGUCCCCGGCCCAWCUGAAACCCCUCGAUACUACGUCAUCAGCACGUGGUCUAUCCGAACAAAUCGCCAGGUCCUCUCCCAUAGUAAGACCRCUGUACCUAUCAGACCCAAUACCACCAAUACAUCCCCAGCCACACAGUCAGUCUGCCUAAACUAGACUCUAUCCCGCAUGGGAUAAUAAAAUAUACUAAUUUAUAAGGAGCUGUUUUUAAAAAUCAAGUACAUGAAAAUUGUAAAGGCAAAAGGAAAAGCAGUACUGCAAACAAAAACAAAAUAAAUAAAUAAAUAAAUAAAUAUCAAUUUUACAUCAGUUGAAAUAAUUUUCCAUUUUUUUAUUUCAAUUGUACAACUCGGAGUUUAUCUUAUUUGUUCCUAUGGAAGUCCUUCAGAAUAUCUGUGUUUGAUAUAAAGUGGUGUGUGUUUUUGCUUCAUUUGUUGAAUAUUGACAGGAGCAGACUUUAAUUGAUACCCACCAGAAGGUUGAAUGAAAAUUUACAUUUAGAAAAGAAACAAGUACUCGUUAGUGAGAACCAACGAAACGAAAAGAUUGUAUAUAUUAAUCAGGCUKUAAAUAAAUGGCUGUGUUUUCUUGUA